AUGCUCAACAACUCGCUCAGACUUUUGUCAAAGUCCUCCAAAGGUCUCAAGGGUGGCGUCUUCGCAAAUGCUACCAAGCGUUGCUACUCUGCCUCCUUCUCAAAGGAAGAAAUGGGUGUGUGGAAGAAGGAAAGAGAAUCCGUCGCUACUCAAACUUCUCCAAACGACGAAUUUUCUGAUGACUUCUUGUACUAUCUCUCCCAAAAUGAAUACAAUAACUUUGUUGCUGAAUGUAAGAAGGCCGGCAAGUUGGAUGAAGCUCAAGUUAAAACAUUGACUGAUAGAUACAACAAUCUCAUGAAGACAAAGAAGGAAAUCACUGAAAAAUGGGCAGGAUAUAACAGAGGAAAGGUCUCUCAAAUCAUUGGUCCAGUCGUCGACUGUAUCUUUGAAGGAUCAUUGCCACCUAUUGGUAACGCUCUUCACAUGUUGUUGCCUGGUCCAAAUGGCCAACCAAUUGUCCUUGAAGUUGCUCAACAUCUUGGUGAACACGAAGUCAGAACCAUUUGUAUUUCACCAACUGAUGGUCUCUUCAGAGGUAAGGAAUUGGUCGAUACUGGUGGUCCAAUCACUGUUCCUGUUGGUCGUGAAACUCUUGGUAGAGUCUUGAACGUUUUGGGUGAACCAAUUGAUGAAAGAGGUCCAGUUAACUCAAAGAACAGAUAUUCAAUUCACAGAGAAGCUCCAGUCCUCUCUGAACAAACCACACAAGACGAAAUCUUGGUUACAGGUAUUAAGAUUAUUGACGUUUUGAUCCCAUAUCCAAAGGGAGGUAAGAUUGGUUUGUUCGGUGGUGCCGGAGUCGGUAAGACUGUCGUUAUCAUGGAACUUAUUAACAACAUUGCUAAGAAGCACGGUGGUUUCUCUGUCUUUGGUGGUGUCGGUGAGAGAACCAGAGAAGGUACUGACUUGUUGUUGGAAAUGAUUCAAUCUAAAGUCAUUCAAUUGGAAGGAGAUGGAUCCAAGGCUGCUCUCGUCUAUGGACAAAUGAACGAACCUCCUGGAGCUCGUGCUAGAGUUGGUCAAACUGCUUUGUCUAUUGCCGAAUAUUUCCGUGAUGAAGAAGGACAAGAUGUGUUGCUCUUUAUUGACAACAUUUUCAGAUUUACUCAAGCCAACUCUGAAGUCUCUGCUCUCUUGGGUAGAAUUCCAUCUGCUGUCGGUUAUCAACCUAACUUGUCAACAGAUAUUGGUGAAUUGCAAGAACGUAUUACCUCAACCAAGAAGGGUUCUAUUACAUCUGUCCAAGCUAUUUACGUGCCUGCUGACGAUAUUACCGAUCCUUCACCAGCUACCACAUUUGCUCACUUGGACGCCACAACUGUCUUGUCCCGUCAAAUUGCCGAACAGGGUAUGUACCCAGCCGUCGAUGCCUUGGAAUCCAUGUCUCGUUUGAUCAACCCAUCUGCCAUCGGUAAAUAUCACUAUGAUACUGCUGACGGUGUCAGAAAGUGCUUGCAAGAAUACCAAAAUCUUCAAGAUAUCAUUGCCAUCUUGGGUAUGGACGAAUUGUCAGAUGAAGACAGAUUGACUGUCGAUCGUGCAAGAAGAUUGCAAAAGUAUUUGACUCAACCUUUCCAAGUUGCCGAAGUCUUUACUGGUAAGUCUGGUUACUUCGUAGAAUUGGAAGAUGCUGUUGAGGAAGCCAGAGGUAUUAUUGAGGGUAAAUAUGAUGAAGUCCCAGAAGCUGCUUUCUUCAUGUCAGGUAACAUGACAAUCAUUUUGAAGACAGCCAAGAAGAUGGUUGACGAUUUGAACGCAAGAUUGCUUGCUGAUAAGGAGAGAUUGAAGAAGGAGGAAGCUGAAGAAUAA